AUGCAUGCCUGCUCGUACACCGCCCUGCAGAGAACAACGAUCGCUGUGCGGCCGGAGGAGUCGGAGGAGGAGGAGCCGUGGGCCCCCGUGAGCGCCGUGCUGGUGCGCUGGAGUCCCCCCGCCGUGCUUGUGCGCUGGCGCUACAGAUACCCGGCUGCUGAAAAGGAAGACGCGCUACACUUCCGAGUCUUCUACCAGGAAGUACACGACAAAUUAUCGGGCCGGGUGGCGGUAGCCUCUGGCGGGCAGCGCAGCGUCCUGCUCGAGCGACUGCAACCGGAGGCGGAGUACGUGGUGCGCGUGUUCGCCCGAGCCUCGCCUAGCCUCGCCACGAGAGCCAACCGAACCACAGACGCGCCCGUCGGACUGGUGCGCUUCGUGGCGCCCGGAACUGCGGCCACCGCAACAGCCGCAGCAGCCAAUGGCAGCAGUAGCGGCAACAACAACAGCAGCAGCAGCAGCGGAGGCUCCCGUGGCGGCCUGGUGUCGGCUCGGAGCGUGGUUGUUCGCGACGAGGAGAUCGUGAUAGUGGUGCUCGUGCUGAGCGUCUGGCUGGCCGUCAUCCUGCUAUUCUUCAACAAGUGGGGAAAGAUCCGCAUGUUGGAGCCAUACCAGCCGCAGUACCACGAACAGUUGGAGCCGCCUUCGCCACCAGUGCUGCAGGUGAAGAGCGCGGUGCUGGAGCGCGAGCUGCGCCGCCUGUCGUCCAACGCGAACGGCAGUGGCGCGGCCGCGCUGCACCGGCUCCAUCGUCUGCGCCACAACUCGGUGUUCGUGGGCAGCCAGAUACUGGUGCCGCUCUCCCGACGCACGAAGAGCGCCGAAGACAUCAAAUCCAUGGUGCUGCAGAUCGAGCAUCAGCCCAGCACGCAGUCCACCGCACUAUGAGACUCCGAGGGCCUACGCUACUGUCGUAGGCCGUCGCACUGCUGCUAUACUACUGCGUCGCCACGCUCCGCGGAGGACGAUUCAAUCGCUGCUGAGAGAAACCACUUCGGGGCAUCAUGUCCGUCGUUCUUCGGUGAUGCGUGGCAUCUUGCACUCACCAAGAGUGAAGGCCUGCUGCGGAUGUCGGAAAGACGCGUUUUGAGUGCGUUUGUUCGGCACUGCGCGUAUAACAGAGGAAGCUCCAUUGUAAGAUUGCUAUGCGAUCACUAGAAAAGUACGUUUUGGAUCGUGCGUGGAUGGGCAGAUGUGUGCGUUUCACAUCGUAGAAGAGAGCUGCGUUUUAGAGUGUAGUGAAAUGGUGUCUCUGUAUACCGUCUGACGGCAUAUGCGAAAGCGACCACGAUUUCUCGCGCACCACUCCGAUUAGCGAGAGUAAAGCAGCCGCGUUGUGCCAGUUGCAAGUUCAGUGGCCAAAGCA